AGUCAAAAUUAAUAAAAUUGUAAAAGCAAUAGUUUUUCCCACAGCAUGGCAAAGUUCCUGGGCCUCAACCGGCUGACAAAGCUCUUCCAGAUCAUCCAGGAGUGCGGAGGUCUGAAGCAGACCUACCUGAAGCUCUAUAGAAACGAUGACCUGAAGAUCGGCACCCUGGUGGGCAUCGACAAGUAUGGCAACAAGUACUUCGAGAACCCGUUCUACUUUUACGGCCGCAACCGCUGGGUGGAGUUCACGCCCCAUGUGAACAUGGACUACGAUGGCUCCCAGAUUCCCGCCGAUUGGUACGGCUGGAUGCACUACAAGACGGAUCUUCCCCCAAUUCGCGACGGCAGCCGGCCCAAAUACAAGUGGCUUGCGGACCACAGCGAGAACCUCUCCGGCACCAAGGAGGCCUACAUGCCCUACACGACCACUCCCCCCAAGGUGGAGGCAUGGGAUCCCUCAGCGAAGAAGCAAUAGAAGUUCAGUAGCUUUACCCUAACAUUAAAAUUCGAGUGCAAAUGAUUCUGCUGAUGAAUGGAUAAUUUUAUUUGCUCACAAUGAAA